AAAGGAAAAAAUUCUACGAAAGACUAGGCAGUAUGGUCGAAAGACUAUAGCCUGCGCCAAGGGCGAAAAAAAAAAUUGUCAUUUGUCAAACUUAUUUACAAAAACAUUCUCCAGUCUGCCUGCUUUCUAAAUUCCGUUGAUUGUAUUUUUAAAUAGUAAAUAAUUUUCCAUUAAAGUAGCAAUCAAAAUGAGUUGCUUUGAGAACGUAAAUUUACCUAACUGCGUGUGGUUUGAUGGGGACGACAAACGAAAUACUGUAGCUUCGAUUUUGGCUGGUGUUUUUUACUUUGCGGGCUGGUGGUUCAUCAUAGAUGCAGCGUCAGUAUAUCCAGGUGAUCUCCCCAAUGCCUCUUAUGUAUGCGGUGUUAUGGCAACACUCUCACUUGUCAUGGUUAAUUCUGUCUCCAAUGCUCAGGUCCGUGGUGACACAUACACAGGUGGCUGCAUGGGCCCUCGUCGCGCUCGUAUCUGGCUGUUUAUGGGCUUUGUUGUAGGUUUUUUCUCCCUCAUCUCAUCCUGUGGGAUCUUAUUUGUUAACUAUGCUAAUGCUGGGAGCAAAAAGCACACAUGGGCCGGUGUGAGCUUGUUCAUGCAAAACGCAUUUAUAUUCGCGAGUUCGCUCGUCCUCAAGUUUGGCCGCACUGAAGAUGUUUGGGGAUAAGAUUAUUCAGAUUUAUAAAAUCUGUGGCUACAACCAAUUUAUACUUCAAUUUUUACUUAUAUUCAUAAAUAAGAUGUUUAAAAAUCAUUUAACUUGUUUCAUGCGAUUGCUUUUAUUUUUGUAUGGAUUUCAUUUGUACACCUGGUUGUGUGUAUGUGAGUGUGUUAACUUAAUAAGUCACAAA